AUGUCCACUCUCACUAACCAAAUCGUCUUCCUUCAGGUAGAGACAGGUCUUCCAGCAGGGUGGGAGGUUCGCCAUUCCAACUCCAAGAAUCUCCCCUACUACUUCAAUCCCUCGACCAAGGAAUCUCGAUGGGAGCCUCCCGCCGGCACCGACACCGAGCUUAUUACGGUGUAUAUGGCAAACUACCACAGUGCCCCAGCAGGGCGACCAGAUGCUCCUAGCCAAGGAGACGGCAAGAUCCGUUGCAGCCAUCUCCUAGUCAAGCAUAGAGAUAGUAGAAGGCCGAGUAGCUGGAGGGAAGCGGAGAUCACCCGGUCGAAAGAGGAGGCUAUCGAGAUCCUUCGCGGUCACGAACAGCGCAUCCAGUCUGGAGAAGUAAGCCUGGGUGAUAUUGCGGUCUCGGAAUCUGAUUGUAGCAGUGCUAGAAAGAAGGGAGAUCUUGGUUUCUUUGGACGUGGCGAGAUGCAAAAGGAAUUCGAGGAUGCGGCCUUUGCUCUACAGCCGGGCCAGGUCAGUGGCAUUGUCGAGACAGCUUCUGGGGUUCACCUCAUUGAACGUGUCCAAUAA